AUGUCUUUUCAUUGCGGCGUUGGACUAUUUAACGCGGUAAGUAGGUCGUUGUACAGUAAACCCAUCGGCCGAACGCGGACUUUGUGCACCGCAGUCAAGGCUGACCAGAAAAAGCCGGAGGAACCGAUCAACAACGCGCCGUUAAAGGAUGAGGACAGGAUAUUCACGAACAUCUACGGACAACGGCCGUGGAGCCUGAAGUGUGCGAUGGAACGCGGCGACUGGUACAAAACCAAAGAGCUGAUUCUGCGCGGACAAGAUUGGAUAAUCGAUGAGAUAAAGGCGUCCGGCCUCCGUGGACGAGGUGGCGCUGGUUUUCCGACGGGCGUCAAGUGGAGUUUCAUGAAGACGCCGCCGGACGGCCGGCCCAAGUACUUGGUCAUCAACGCGGACGAAGGCGAACCCGGCACGUCCAAAGACAGACACAUACUGCGGUACGAACCACACAAGCUGAUCGAAGGUUGCGUACUGGCGGCCAGGGCAAUGGGCUCGUCCACGGUGUACAUAUACGUGCGGGGCGAGUACUACACGGAGACCGUCAACUUGCAGCGUGCGAUAGCCGAGGCGUACGCCGCAGGCCUGGUCGGGACUAACGCGUGCGGUUCGGGUUACGCAGUCGACAUUUUCGUCCAACGUGGCGCCGGGGCGUACAUAUGCGGCGAAGAGACGGCACUGAUCGAGUCGAUCGAAGGCAAAGCCGGCAAGCCGAGGUUGAAGCCUCCGUUUCCGGCGGCCGUCGGUCUGUUCGGGUGUCCGACUACGGUUACCAACGUUGAAACUGUAGCGGUGGCACCGACUAUAUUGCGACGCGGUGGUCCUUGGUUCGCCGGGUUUGGUCGCAAUAAGGACACGGGCACAAAACUGUUCUGUUUCUCGGGACACAUCAACCAACAGUGUGUAGUCGAGGAGACUAUGUCCAUGCCGUUGAAAGAGCUCAUAGAACGACACGCGGGCGGCGUGAUGGGCGGCUGGGAUAAUUUAAAGGCCGUCAUACCGGGCGGAUCGUCCGUACCCAUGCUCACACGUCACGACGCCUCAGACGUGCUUACUGACUACACGGGGCUAUUGGCAGCCGGCAGCGGACUGGGCACCGGUGCGAUCAUUGUCAUGAAGAACGACACCGACGUCAUUAGAGCCGUGGCUCGGCUAAGUUUGUUCUACAAACGGGAGUCAUGCGGCCAGUGUACGCCAUGUCGGGAAGGCACCCACUGGCUGGUAUCCAUCAUAGACAGGCUGGUCGUAGGAAACGCCAAGCCUGCCGAAAUAGAUAUGCUUCUCGAGCUAACCAAACAAAUGGAGGGCCGAACGAUAUGCGCUCUGGCAGACGCGGCCGCAUGGCCUGUGCAAGGAUUGAUAAAGAACUUUAGACAUGAAAUCGAAGAACGCAUCAAAAUAUAUAACGACAAAAAAAUGCUUCCUGAAAAAAAUAAGUUGUCUUGUUCGUAA